CGUGGGUUCCCCGGGUACCGUCCGGUCACGGAGCAGCAGAGCCCGAGGCGGGACCGGGACGGGGCCCCGGGGGUCCCGAUGAGGAUGGGGACGGGUGCCCCGCGGCUGGGGGUGAUGCUGCUGGUCCUCGGCCACCUCCCGCUGCCCCCCGUGUGGGCUCCCUCCGAAAUCUGCGGCAGCAUGGACAUCCGCAACGACGUCUCCCAGCUGCGGAAGCUGGAGAACUGCUCCAUCGUCGAGGGCAACCUGCAGAUCCUGCUGAUGUUCACCACGGGCGCCGAGGACUUUCGGGGGCUCAGCUUCCCUCGCCUGCUCAUGAUCACGGAGUACCUGCUGCUUUUCCGCGUCUACGGGCUGGAGAGCCUGCGGGAUCUCUUCCCCAACCUCGCGGUCAUCCGCGGCACCAAGCUCUUCUUCAGCUACGCCCUGGUCAUCUUCGAGAUGCCGCACCUGCGGGACGUGGGGCUGCACGGCCUGGGCCACGUCCUGCGCGGCUCGGUGCGCAUCGAGCGCAACCAGGAGCUCUGCCACCUCUCCACCAUCGACUGGGGGCUGCUGCUGCCCGACGCCGGCGACGGCACCUACAUCGUUGGCAACAAGCCGGCCGAAGAGUGCGCCGACGUCUGCCCGGGCAUCCUGGACGUGGAGAAGCCGUGCGUGCAGACCAGCGUCAACGGGCAGCUGGAUUAUCGCUGCUGGACCUCCAGCUACUGCCAGAAAGUUCAUCCGUGCGGCGCGGGCUCGGCGUGCACGGCAGCGGGCGAGUGCUGCCACGCCGAGUGCCUGGGGGGCUGCGGCCGCCCCCACGACCGACGGGCGUGCGUGGCCUGCCGCCACUUCCACUUCAACGGGCACUGCCUGCCCUCCUGCCCGCCCCGCACCUACGAGUACGAGGGCUGGCGCUGCGUCACCGCCGAGUACUGCGCCAGCCUGCGCAAGGUCUCCGACAACCCCCGCGACGCCUCCAAGUUCGUCAUCCACCAGCGGCAGUGCCUGUCCGAGUGUCCCUCGGGGUACACCAGGAGCGACAGCAGCAUGUUCUGCCACAAAUGCGAGGGGCUGUGUCCCAAGGAGUGCAAGGUGGGCACCAAGACCAUCGACUCGAUGCAGGCAGCGCAGGAGCUGGGGGGCUGCACCCUCAUCGAGGGGAACCUCAUUCUCAACAUCCGCCGGGGCUAUAACCUGGCCUCGGAGCUGCAGAGCAGCCUGGGCCUCAUUGAGACCAUCACGGGCUUCCUGAAGAUCAAACACUCCUUCGCCCUCGUCUCCUUGUCGUUCUUCAAGAACCUCAAACUGAUCCGCGGUGACUCCAUGGUGGAUGGGAAUUACACCCUGUACGUCCUGGACAACCAGAACCUGCAGCAGCUCUGGGACUGGAGCCACCACAUCCUCUCCAUCCCCGUGGGCAAGAUGUACUUUGCUUUCAACCCCAAGCUGUGCCUGGCCGAGAUCUAUCGCAUGGAGGAGGUGACAGGCACCAAGGGGCGGCAGAACAAGGCAGAGAUCAACCCCCGCACCAACGGGGACCGGGCGUCCUGUAAGACCCAAACCCUGCGCUUCAUCUCCAACGUCACCGAGUCCGACCGCAUCUUCCUCAAGUGGGAGCGGUACCGCCCCCCGGAGUACCGGGACCUCCUCAGCUUCAUCGUCUACUACAAGGAGUCACCCUUCCAGAAUGUGUCAGAGUAUGUGGGGCAGGACGCCUGCGGGGCUCAGAGCUGGAACGUGCUGGACGUGGAUCUGCCCCUGAGCAGCGAGCAGGAGCCGGGGGUGACGCUGCUCAACCUCCGUCCCUGGACCCAGUACGCCAUCUUCGUGCGCGCCAUCACCCUCACCACGGCCGAGGAAGGGCGCAACUACGGGGCGCAGAGCGAGGUGGUUUACAUCCGCACCAUGCCGGCGGCCCCGACGGUGCCCCGGGACGUGAUCUCCAUGUCCAACUCCUCCUCCCACAUCGUGGUGCGUUGGAAGCCGCCCACGCAACGCAACGGCAACAUCGUUUAUUACCUGGUGCUGUGGCAGCAGCUGGCCGAGGACAUGGAGCUCUACAUCAACGAUUACUGCCACAAAGGGCUGAAGCUGCCCACCAGCAGCGCGGACACGCGCUUCGGGUUCGGGGAUGGCCCCGAGGGGGAGCAGGACGCGGAGGAGAGGUGCUGCCCCUGCCGCCCCGCCGACGGGCAGCUCCGCGUGGAGGGCGAAGCCGAAUCCUUCCAGAAGAAGUUCGAGAACUUCCUCCACAAUUCCAUCACCAUCCCCAGGCCACCCUGGAAGGUGACGUCCAUUAAUAAGAACCCACAGAGGUCCCAAAAGCAGCGCAGGGACGCGGUGGCCGUCACGUCGGCGGCCAACGCCUCCUCAGCGGAGCCGCCGGCCCCGAGCCGCCCGGGAGGAGGCGAGCCCAAGCCUGACUUCCAGAUCUUCGAGGACAAGGUGGUGCGUGACCGGGCGGUGCUGUCGCGGCUGCGCCACUUCACCGAGUACCGCAUCGACAUCCACGCCUGCAACCACGCCGCGCACACCGUGGGCUGCAGCGCCGCCACCUUCGUCUUCGCCAGGACCAUGCCCGAGCGUGCGUCCCCCCCCCCUCACUCCUGGCUGUGCUGGGGUGCACCGGGAUGUUGUUGAGAGGGGUGAUGGGCAGCGGGUUGGGGUCCAGGCGAUGUCCCCCGUCACCGUCCGCUCAACCCGAGCGGGAGUCGUGGUGGCUUACACGUGGCUGGGGGACGUGAGGCCCCUUUGCCACCCCCGCACUGUCCCCUCCAGGAGGUCACCACUGUUGUCUGCGUUUCACGCCACCGCUACUCCAAGUAUGGGGGUGUCCACCUGGCUCUGCUCCAGCCAGGGAACUACUCGGCCAAGGUCAGGGCCACCUCACUGGCUGGCAACGGCUCAUGGACAGGGCUCGUCAAGUUUUACAUCCUGGGGCCAGCCGAGGAAGAGUCCAGCAGCUUCUACGUCCUGCUCACUGUCACACCUGUGGUGCUCAUGGUGCUCAUCUCCUGCCUGGCUGUCUUUGUCUUCUUCUACAACAAGAAGAGGAACAAUGACGGGUACCCCAGCGGGACUCUGUACGCCUCCGUCAACCCCGAGUACUUCAGCGCCUCGGACAUGUACAUGCCUGAUGAGUGGGAGGUGUCCCGGGAGAAGAUCACAGUGAUCCGGGAGCUGGGACAGGGCUCCUUUGGGAUGGUCUAUGAGGGGGUGGCGCUGGGGCUGGUCACGGAGGGAGAGGAGACCAAGGUGGCCCUGAAGACGGUCAACGAGUUGGCCACCAUGCGGGAGCGCAUCGAGUUCCUCAACGAGGCCUCUGUCAUGAAAGCCUUCAAGUGCCACCACGUGGUCCGUCUGCUCGGCGUUGUGUCCCAGGGCCAGCCAGCUUUGGUCAUCAUGGAGCUGAUGACGCGUGGGGACCUGAAGAGUUACCUGCGCUCGCUCCGGCCUGAAGCCGAGAACAACCCUGGGCUGCCCCCACCGUCCCUCAAGGACAUGAUCCAGAUGGCAGGAGAGAUCGCUGAUGGCAUGGCUUACCUCAGCGCCAACAAGUUCGUGCACCGGGACCUGGCCGCCCGAAACUGCAUGGUGUCCGAGGAUUUCACCGUCAAAAUUGGAGAUUUUGGCAUGACCCGGGAUAUCUAUGAGACGGAUUAUUACCGGAAAGGGGGCAAGGGGCUGCUCCCCGUGCGCUGGAUGUCCCCCGAGGCGCUCAAGGAUGGCAUCUUCAACACGCAGUCUGACGUCUGGUCCUUCGGGGUGGUGCUGUGGGAAAUCGCCACACUGGCCGAGCAGCCCUACCAGGGCAUGUCCAACGAGCAGGUGCUGCGCUUUGUCAUGGACAACGGCAUCCUGGAGCGGCCUGACAACUGCCCUGACAAACUCCACGAGCUGAUGUGCCUGUGCUGGCAGCAGAACCCACGCCAGCGUCCCUCCUUCGUCCAGCUCCUGGAGCGCAUCAAGGACCACAUGGCCCCUGCUUUCCGCACCCUGUCCUUCUUCUACAGCCCCGAGAACGGCCAUCACGGCUCAGGAGAGCCCUCCAGCACCGAGGAGGAUGAGUCCCCCGAGGAGGACGAGCCCCCCGCGUCCCCCCUGCCCGCACGCAAGGACCAGCUCCCCAAUGGGACAGCCUCACUCUGACCCCGGGGUGACCCCCGCUGGACUCUGCACC